AUGCCGUGGACUAGUAUUAAAAGGAUUUACGCAACACCGUCGAACACUAGUUCUGAAGUGACAGUGUCCAAUGCUUUGAAAGCUGGACCAGUGCUGACAGCUGCAGCGGAUUCCGGCGGUCGAUUCGAGCUGAGCCAUCACGGCUACGGUAAAUGCGCGAUCAAGCUUCUCCAUGUCCAUCGCGACGCGGACUACCACUCUAUCCGGGAAUUUGAAGUGUUCACGGAACUGAAACUGCAUUCGGAAAGUGCUUACAUUAUAGGAGAUAAUAAGGAUGUGGUGGCAACCGAUUCACAAAAGAAUACCGUGUAUUUACUAGCUAAAAAACACGGAAUUAAGACUCCUGAAGAAUUUGGUGCUGUAGUUGUGGGUCACUUCCUGUAUAUGUACAAACAAGUUGUGGAGGCUAAAUGUAGAGUAGUCGAAUAUCCCUGGGAGAGGCUACAAGCGGGGGCGCCUCACAAUCACGCUUUCUUAUUUUCACCAACAGCUACGAGAUGGUGUGAAGUGUCUCAGAGCCGUCAUGAGGCUGUUAUAGUGAAAUCAGGAUUAAGUGGACUUCGUGUACUAAAGACAACGCAAUCAGCGUUCGUGGACUUUGUUCAAGAUGAAUAUACUACACUGAGUGAUGCUGCUGAGAGAAUAUUUAGUACUGUGGUAGAGGCCGAAUGGACCUACGAUGGCAUGCGCACGACAGACUUUGACAAUGCCUGGCUGACAGUGAAGGAUGCUAUUCUCGAUAAAUUUGCCGGCCCACCCGACAUUGGAGUUUACUCGCCUUCGGUACAACACACCUUAUAUCAAGCUGAGAAGACAGUUUUGGAAAAAGUAUCAGAGAUUACCUGGAUCAAGAUGACGAUGCCAAACAAACACUACCUCAACAUUGAUAUGUCAAAAUUCCCGGCGAAUGUAACAAAAGGCGAUCCCCGCCAUCAAAUUUACCAGCCUAUAGACAAGCCAGCUGGUCUCAUCUACGCGCAACUACGUCGUAGACCCAAAAGUCACUUGUGA